UUUUUUCAACAAAGUUGAAAACGAAUUUUGCACACUGAGAAAAAAAGAGAGGCUUCGUGAGUCAGUGAGAAAAAAUAGCAAAUCCGACGAGUCUAAAGAUCAGUUCUAAACUUCAUUCUGCAAUUCUUCAGUUUCGUUUGUCUUUUUUUUUUCUUUAUUAAUUCGAUUUAUUCAACUAAAGGAAGCUAAAUCGACGGACAGUUUUGUCAGAUAAGAAGCAAUCAUUACACACAACACAAAGAGGGUUUUAAACUCUUUAUCCCAAAAUGCAAACUCCAAAAUUAAGGCCUGGUUCUUUGGAGCUGCCACAUAAGAAAUCCUCUUUACCAGCUCCCAAACUUGCUAGGAGAGUUAAGCCAAGUGGAAUAGAAUCUGAUCCCAAAACCAAAACAUCACCAAGAACUCAAACCCUCAAAGUAGCUACUGCUGAUCGCCGCUCUCCAAGAAUCCCUCUCAAUGAGAUUCAGAAGAAGAGGUCAGGGAGGGUACCAGAGCUAGAAUCUCAGGUAGCUCAGCUUCAAGAAGCGCUCAAGAAGGCAAAGGAAGAGCUAAACAGAUCAGAAGCAUUAAGGAGAGAAGCCAAACAAGAAGCUGAAGAAGCCAAGAAGCAGCUAAUGGAGAUCAACACCUCAGAAGAUUCAAGAAUUGAGGAGCUGCGUAAACUCUCACAGGAGAGAGACAAGACAUGGCAAUCUGAGGUUGAUGCUAUGAAGAGACAACACGGAAUGGACUCAGCUGCUUUGUCUUCCGCCAUCACCGAGGUACAGAAGCUGAAGUCAAAGCUCUUUGAGACUGAGUCAGAGCUAGAGAACUCUAGGUUUGAGGUAAGGUCUUUAGAGAAACUUGUUAGAGACUCAUCAUCAUCAUCAUCAGGGGAAGUCAAGACUCUGAAAGAAGGAAUGGAACUUGCGAGGCAAGAGAUAAGCCAGUUGAAAUCUGCGGUUGAAGUAGCGGAGAGAAGGUACCAAAAUGAGUAUAUACAGAGCACGUUGCAGAUAAGAAGCGCUUACGAGCAAGCAGAGGCGGUUAAGUCAAAGUAUUCACAGAGAGAGGCAGAGUUAGCUGAGGAGCUGAAGAGAACCAAAGCUGAAGCUGAGGUUUUGCGCAAAGGAUAUGAAGCUGCUGAAGAUUUCAAGAAGCUUGAGUCAGAUUUAGUGGAAGUGAGAGGGAGUUUGAUGGAUAAGGAGAUGGAGUUGCAGAGGCUGAGAAGUGAAAUGGAGAAGAGAGUUGAGAGCACAAACACUGAAGCUAUGGAAGCGGAGCUAAGGAGAGUGAAGGUUCAGUGUGAGCAGUGGAGGAAAGCGGCUGAGACGGCUGCUUCUAUACUGAACAAUGAAGAGGAGAGAAUGGAUUCUGUUGAGAAUGGUAAAAUGUUGAAGAAGUUUGGUGUGUUACUCAAGAAAAACCACAAGUAAUAACUUGAUUCUUUUUGGAUUCUAUUUUAAGAUAUUGAAAAAUUGGCAUUGCUAUUGCCUGUAAAUUUGUAAAAUUCGAUUUGAUUUCUAUAAGUUUAUUUUCUCUU